AUGGCGAAGAUUGUUGGGUUAAUUGGCAAAUUGGUGAAGCAGGAUAGAGCAACUCUGGCAAGGGAGAAGUUACAAUAUGCCCGAGUCCUAGUUGAAGUGAACCUAACAAAAGAUCUACCAGAGCAAAUUAAGUUUGAAGAUGAAAAUGGGGAUUUUGUGUAUGUGGGAGUGCAUUAUGAGUGGAAACCAGAUAUCUGUGAGCACUGUAAGGGGAUUGGUCACAAGAAGGAAGUUUGUAAGAAGAGGAUGAGUCAAGGAGAACCGUCACAAGUCUGGAAAGAAAAGAAAAGUGAAGUUUCAAUACCUGAUCCACCUAGAGUGGAGAAGUUACAACACAGAAGCAGGGAGCAGAAAAGGAGAAAAGUGAGGGGUUUCAACCUAGUAACGGGAAGAAUGGAAUAA